AUGAUCCUCAACCGCCCCGGAAUCGCAUCCAUGUCCCUUGGGAAACCAUGGGUUCACAACCUCCCCGACAAACUACUCCAAGCCGCAGCCCACGGCUUCCAAGGCAUCGAGCUCUUCUUCGACGACCUCGACUGCUACGCCCACCGAGCCUUCAACGGCGACCACCUCGAGGCAGCCCAUCAAACACGCACCCUGUGCAACAACCUCGGCCUGACAAUAAUCUGUCUUCAACCAUUCUCAAUGUACGAGGGACUGCUCGACCGCGCCGAGUCAGACCGUUUGAUCAACGACAAACUACCCCGAUGGUUCCGUCUGGCGCGGGCGCUAGGAACCGACAUGAUCCAAGUCCCAUGUAACUUCCUAGGUCCUGAUCCCCAGACCGGAGCUGCACGGACAACGGGCGAUCGGACGGUGAUUGUGCGCGAUCUGCAGCGCUUGGCUGAUCUGGGCGCCGGGGCGGGAUUUCGGUUCGUGUACGAGGCCUUGUGCUGGGGGGAUCACGUCGACACGUGGGAAGCGUCAUGGGAGAUUGUGCGCGCGGUUGAUCGGUCGAACUUCGGCCUAUGUCUUGACUCCUUCAAUAUCGCGGGCCGGGUGUACGCAGACCCGUCGUCGGCCUCGGGUAAGACGCCCCAUGCUGCCGCAGACAUGGCUGCUUCGCUGCAGCGGCUUCGAGCCGCGCAGAUCGACCCGUCCAAGAUCUUCUACGUGCAACUCGUCGAUGGUGAACGACUUGCUUCGCCACUGGAUGCAAAUCAUCCGUUCCAUGUUGCGGGCCAACCGGCGCGCAUGAGCUGGUCUCGAAAUGCUCGUCUUUUCCCCUUUGAGGAGAGUCGCGGUGGUUACUUGCCUAUCUUGGACAUUGCAAGCGUGUUCUUUGAUGAUAUUGGCUUCCGGGGCUGGGUGUCUCUUGAGCUGUUCAGUCGGACCCUGGCUGAUCCCAGUCCGACGACACCUGCCGAUCAUGCGCGCCGAGGAAUCGAGUCUUAUAUCAAGAUGGGUCGUCUUCUUCAGUGGCAGGAUCAUGCGGUUACGGACAAAAUAGUUGAUUUGUCUUGUCAAAGUGUUGGCACAGAAGCGCCUUUGCAACAUCGGUUGUGA